AUGUACAAAACUCUCGAUGAAUUCUCUACUAAAAAUAAUGAAACAUUUUAUUCAUAUACAAGUACUAGUAGUGUUGUUCUAUCUCAAAAAGCAAGUCGAUUUUGGAUACCUUUCGAUGUAAAACUCUUUGAAACACUUACACCUAAAGAAUAUUUAGAAAAAUACUGUCGAGUGAAUUCUCGUCGAUAUGCACUUUAUAAACGUACUUUUGAUAAAUAUAAAGAUAUUGAAGCAGAAUUAAACAUGGAGGUUCUUGCUGAUGCGUUAGCCGAUGCAUAUAUGGGUACUAUUGAUAAUCGACUCAUUAGACAAGUGAUUGUUUUACUUGAUUUAUCAUCCAAUGAAAAAAUAACAUUUACACAAUUUAGUGGUAUUGCAGCUUUUUCCGAAAGAUAUUUUUUUAAUAUUUUCACACGAUUUGAUGAUAUAGAUUUACAAUUGCAAAAAGAUAUUUUAGAAAUACUUGAUUUUUCUUCAUUGAAAUGGAAAUUAUCUGGUGUUAAUAUUUCGCCAAGACUUCGAGAAAUUCUUAGAUUGAUAUAA